AUGGAUAAUAUUAAUAUAUUACCGGAAUAUAAUCGUUUAGAAAUUCCUAUUACAUUUGGUAUACACGAAAGCUUCAGUACUAAAGAGUUGUGUCCUAACGAUGAAUCGGAUGACGAUAUUCUUUAUACACAAGGAAUCGAUAAUCCGGUUACUGUUUUUGAUGAUCCCAUUGAUGGGACCAACAAAAACGGUAACACCAAAUGUGAAGAAAACAAUACUAAUAAUUAUAAUAAUGUCAAUAUUGUCAAUCAAAACAAACACUGGUCUCAAGCAUUGAAAGGCAUUACAUUGACAAUACUUUCGGCACUGUUUUUCUCGGUGACCACAGUUAUCGUCAAAUAUGUUACUGAUGUACAACCGGCUCAAAUGGCUUUCUUUAGAUUUACUGGUAUACUAUUAUUUACAAUACCUGUACUGUUGGAGAUCAACAGCAAUCCAUUUGGUCCGUCCAAUUCGCGUCUGUGGCUUAUUGUACGCGGACUGGCCGGUGCUACCAGUCUAUACUGUCGGUACAGUGCCCUGCAUUACAUGUCCAUUGCCAACGCUACGGUAAUUGUACUGUCGAUGCCGGUAUUUGUCUUCAUCUUUGCCCGAAUAUUUCUCAAAGAAUCGUUCGGUUUGUUCCACAUCUUUGCCCUAUUGAUUACAGUAAUCGGUAUUACAUUGACAUCGAAGGCUGCCAUCAUAUUUGAUGACUCGGAUAAUGUUUACAGUUCGGUAGUAAAGUCCGCUGUCAACAGUGGUAACAGUCAACUAAUAGGACUGGCCUACAGUAUUGGCGCUACACUUAUUGGUGCAUCGGUUUACGUGUUGGUCAGAAAGCUCAAAAGUUUACAUCAUUCGGUAAUUUUGUUUAACUUUUCGUGGGUCGCCAUAACCGAGACAGCGAUGAUCUCAUUGUUGACAAACAACUUCAAACUGCCCGACAAUAUUGAGGCCAUUAAUGCCAAUUCGUGGUUAAUGUGUUUGGUCGCUAUCUUCUCGUUUUACGGACAGUUAUUGUUGACGAAAGCGCUUCAAUCAGAAGAGGCUGGUUUGGUGUCUAUAGUUAGGGCCAGUUCUGAGGUUAUCUAUGCCUUUGUGUUUCAAAUAGUAAUAUUCAAGGAAAUACCCGACAAGUGGUCAGUAUUGGGUGCACUGCUGGUCAUGUUAUCAGUGCUAAUGUCUUCGGUCCGCAAAUGGAUUAUUUCGUUACCGAAAGACUCAAAAAUUAGGCAAAAAUUAUGUUUUAUGACUAAAUAA